AUUCACCACUCCAUCCAUACCGCCAACGUCCCAGGCCGAGUUCUAAACAUCCACCACCACCGCAUCCAUCCACCAGCCUGCAUUCACUUCCCUUUCUCUUCUUGCAUCCCGCACACUUUCAAUUGCUGGUACGCAGCGCACGCACAAAAGCUCGCGACAGCCUCACACCAAGCAUCCGACGCACUGCGUCGCACGUCUUUUGACUUUCACCUUGAUAAACCCUCCCCCCUCCUAAUACAUACACCUACUACUACCGCCACUCACUCACCCCCCCUCCCUCAACGCGAGGUCGAGACUGUCGGCCGAGACAAGGUCAUCAUCGUUGUUUCGCUCGUUUUCAUACGGCAAAAAAUUCAGUGACCAAUCGUUUGCGUGGGAAGCCAACUGCUGUUGGGUAGUUGCCCGCCAUGGUCAAAGAGACAAAGCUCUACGACACCCUGAAUGUGAAGCCAGAGGCUACGCAGGAUGAGAUCAAGAAGGGCUACAGGAAAGCGGCACUGAAAUGGCACCCCGACAAGAACAAGGACAACCCCAACGCCGCCGAAAAGUUCAAGGAGUGUUCACAGGCGUAUGAAAUUCUGUCCGACCCCGAGAAGCGCAAGAUCUACGACCAGUACGGCCUUGAGUUUCUGCUUAGAGGAGGCGCCGCUCCUCCCCCUGAUGGCGCUGCCGGCGGGAAUCCCUUCGCCGGCGCCGGCGGCAUGCCCGGUGGUUUCGACUUUGGCGGCGGAAUGCCCGGAGGCGGAGGCAGCCGGACGUUCCACUUCAGCAGCCCCGGCGGGGCCUCGGCCGGCGGCUUCAGCUUUAACAACCCCGAGGACAUCUUUGCCGAGUUCAUGCGCCAGGGCAUGGGUGGACACGGCGGCGAUGACGACCCCAACGUCUUUUCGUUUGGCGGUGGCGGCGGCCCUGGCGGGCGCCCGGGCCGUACCAGGAUGAGGACUUCCGGUUUCGGCGGCGACCCACGAAAGCGCGAGCCCACGCCUGAGAUUACGACGGUGGAGCGGCCUCUGCCGCUGACGCUCGAGGAGCUGUAUAAUGGCGUCACCAAGAAGAUGAAGAUUAAGCGGAAGACGUUUGACGAGUCGGGCAAGCGCGUCCAGACGGACCAGAUCCUCGAGGUGCCCAUCAAGCCGGGCCUGAAGAAGGGGUCCAAGAUCAAGUUUAAUGGCGUCGGGGACCAGGUUGAGGGCGGUCGACAGGACUUGCACUUUAUCGUCGAGGAGAAAGAACACCCGCUCUUCAAGCGCGAAGACAACGACAUCGUGCACACAGUCGUCCUGGAUCUCAAGGAGGCGCUCACGGGAUGGAAGCGGACUGUCACGACCAUCGAAGGCCGCCAGAUCAACCUCGACAAGGGCGGACCGACGCAGCCGGGAAGCGAGGACCGGUACCCGGGCCUAGGCAUGCCCAUCACCAAGAAGCCGGGUCAGCGGGGCGACUUUGUCAUCAAGUACAAGGUCAACUUCCCCUCGAGCCUGACGCCCGCGCAGAAGCAGCAGCUGCGGGAGAUUUUGUAAAGCGGCUGGACAGAAGAGCAGGCACACACAUCGAUUGCAUUCGAGACUAUUGUUGUGGUGGGGGUACGACAAGUACUAAGGUAUUGCGAGAGGGUUGUAGUAUUGGCAUUUGCGGAGGAUGAUGGGAGCGGCCGCACGGGAGGCGGCUUUGCAGAGUUGGUACCAAGUGAUGAAGCUGAUGAUGAUGACGACGGAUUCGCAAGACGGAGAGGAUCUCCCUGAUGAACGGGAUGGUGUACACGGCGUUUUAGGAUCAUGAUUUUUUUCUUCUCCUCUUGAGUCGGCACGUUGGCCUUGGCAUACGGCAUUAGCAUCUGAGUCGAGGGAAUAGGACCGAAUUAGUAGCGAAAAGACGCGAUACGGCCCCCCUUGAAGUACGCGUGGGAUGGCGUGGUUGUGAAGCCCGUUUCUGUGCAACAGUGACACGCUGCUAGACUAGUGCAUGCAUUGUUCCGUAG